CUGACCCCUGGCAGCCGCCGCUCUUCGCGAGGAGACGAGGGCUUAGAGGCGGACCGGCCGCGGCGGGAGGGCUCCGCCAGGUUCGGACGGCGCGCGCUCGGAACGCCGAAGACCCCGGACAGCUCCCGCAACACGGGCACCGCCUCGUCAGACUCGUCCAGCGGCCGACUCAACUCGCCGAAGGUGAUACCGGAGGACUGGCUGGACACGUUGCCGUCGCAGCCUCCCAUCUCGCCCAUGGCCUCCAGCCCCGGGCUGACGGGCGGCGCCGGCCGGCUGACCUCGCUGGAGGAGUCUUGGGGCCACCUGCAGGCCUUCAAUCGUCAGCAGCGAGGCCGCAUCAGCAGCGUCCAGCUGGACACGGCGGACGUCAUGCACAUGUACAUGCCGACCAAGGACAGAUUUUCGGGCGCAAAACUGGCAACGCUACCGCAAGUGGACGAGCACUCAGAGGCCAGCGCUGAAGAGGAGGACUUCUUCAUCCCCGAGCUGCCGAAGGGGAAGAACCUGACCAUCAACAUCAAGAGCACGUGGGGAGACCGCCACUACGUGGGGCUUAACGGGAUCGAGAUGUUCUCCGCCUCUGGGGAGCCUAUCAAGGCGGAGAAGAUCAGCGCCGACCCGGCCGACAUCAACGUGCUGGACGAGUACAGCGGCGACCCGCGGGUGGUCGCCAAUCUGACGGACGGCGUGUACCGCACCAGGGAUGACAUGCACCUCUGGCUGGCGCCCUUCAGCCCCGGGGGCGAUCACCUAGUCCACAUCGGCUUCCCCCAGCCAUGCCAGCUGGCUAUGCUGCGCGUGUGGAACUACAACAAGUCCCGGUGCCACUCGUUCCGCGGCGCGCGGCACGUGGAGAUGGCGCUGGACGGGAAGCCGAUCUUCUGCGGCGAAAUCGCCCGCGCCAGCGGCGGCAUUCUCGGCGGCACGGAGGCGUUUGGAGACACGAUCCUGUUCACGACCGACGACGAGAUUCUGGACAACAUCUCGCAGUAUGACGAGUCGUUCAGCGGCUACUGCGCCGAUCCGACGGCCACCAUCCACGCCGAGCUGCCAGUGGAACGGCCGCAGACGGCGGACGUAGACGAGACGGGCGGACGGCCGUUCACCUGCGGCCACGCGCUGGGCGGCGAGGCGUCGGGCCGCGUUCCCCAGCUCUCGUCCGGCGAGAUCGUCAGCUUCGACUCGUCCGGCGCCGUGCCCCGCGGCCAGAUCGUCCAGCUGACCUUCACCUCGUCUUGGGGGGACCGGCAGCAGCUCGGUCUGACGGCACUGGAAAUAGUGCGGGAAAACCAGCAGGUGGUGCCUCUGAAGACCUCCUACCUGACGGCAUCGACAGCCACAGCGACACUGCCGAGACUGCUGGACGAGCAGCGCGUCAGCUGUGACCCGGAGCACAUGUGGCUGGUGCCCUGGAAGGAGGGUCAGUCGGUGACGCUGAUCCUCCGCCUGCCGGCCACCACCGCCAUCGCUGCGCUGCGGGUGUGGAACUACAACGCCUCGCAGGACGACGCCUACAAGGGGGCGCGCAACUGCAUCGUCUCGGUGGACAACAAGCGGGUUUCGCCGGCCGAGGGGUUCGUGCUGCGCCGGGCGCCCGGCACCACCCACUACGACUUCUGCCAGGAGGUCAGCCUGCGAAGGGGCGGUCCGGUCGCCGCCGCCCGCCGCCAUGAAAAGUCCGGCAACGGACGCACGCACGUGCGCAUCAGCGACAGCGUGUACCAGGACGAGUACGAGGCGCCGAUGAUGCCGCAGGGGUUCGUGUUCCAGUUCCACCUGCUGUCCACCUGGGGAGACCUCUACUACACCGAUCCCGCUCACUGGCAGGAGUGGACCGUGGCGGCGUACCCAGACAGCGUGAACGUGCUGGACAAUGUCUCCGGGGACGUGCGCACGCCUGAUAAGCUGGUGGACGGCGUCAACAACACCAUGGACGGCCGCCACAUGUGGCUGGCGCCCAUUCUGCCCGACAUGAUCAAUCGAGUCUAUGUGAUAUUCGACGAGAUCCAGACGGUUUCGAUGAUUAAGAUUGGGAACUACGCCAAGACUCCCACCAGAGGUGUCAAGGAGUUUGGGCUGCUGGUGGAUGACCUGCUGGUGUACAACGGCGUGCUGGGGCAGAUCGCGAGCACGGGCCGCCUCGCCGAUGAGUUCCGGGGAGAGUGA